AUGAUCCAUCGCAUCCGCCGUACAUGAAGGCGAGAAACCUUCAAAGCGGAGACGAGACGAAAUGAUGGCAGCAGAGGUAGGUCCCGUGCAUGUGAACCGGCCGUUCUUUUCCCGCGCCCGGCGCGAAGCUUCCUGGAAGAUCACUCGAUCGACCGCCUUCGUCCCGUCCUCUUAUAAGUCCUCGUCUUCUCCAACCUCACCUUCCUACUUCUUUCAUGCCUCGAGUCCCCCUCCUCGUCAAUUCGAUCGAUCGAUACCUCGACUACAAGCUAACGUAGCCAUGAAGCUCAGUAUGCCUUUCUUCGGUUCCUCCUCUGCCAAGAAGCAGGAGAGCAAGGGGAAGAGAUCAAACAACGGCAAGAGCAGCUCCUUCGCCUCGACUACGUCGUCCUCGUCCGAUGAGUCCGUGUAUGUCACGACGCCGAGGACAGUCCUGCCGUCGGCGUCUGCCUCCGGGGCUAAGAAGCCGGCGGCCGUGACGCGGGAGGAGCUGGAGGUGGCGCUGAGGCGGGUCGUCUCGAGCGAGGAGGAGCUGGCCGAGAUGCUCGGUGAGGCCGGCGUCGUGCUGGAGGAGAUGGCGGCCGCGGAGCCGGCGGACGAGGGCGAGCUGAAGGAGACUUUCGCGGUGUUCGACGCCGACGGGGACGGGAGGAUCUCCGCGGAGGAGCUCCGCGCCGUGCUCGCCUCGCUCGGCGACGAGAGGUGCUCUGUUGAGGACUGCCGACGCAUGAUCGGCGGCGUGGACACCGACGGCGACGGAUUCGUCUGCUUCGAUGAGUUCACGCGCAUGAUGAUGCAUGGGCUGUGAUAUGCAGGUGUUGACGUGCAGUUGAUCCACAUUUUUUAUGUACCUAUGUGCGCAGUUGUUCAUUCGUGUCAUCGAUAUCAAUGUAGUAUUUAUUAUCUCCUUCCAUGAAUCCUGCAAGUGCACACAAUUAUGUUUGGUACGAAUUGAGAAAUGAGAUUGCCAAUGUAUUAUCCUA